CUUGAGGAAUUUCUUGUUUCAGUCAAUUGGCCUCCUAGUUGAUUUCUUGCAUCUGUCAAUUGGGCUCCAAAAUUGCAGAUUUGUGAUGAUUUCUCUUAUCAAAGCAGUCAAAUCCUCUAGCUUCUGAAGAAUUACUGCUAUUUUUGGAUCGAGAGUGAUGCCCUUCCUAGCAAUAGUGCGUGGAUAUGUCGACAAAGGCAUGUUGUUGUGCAACCCUUUUUUUCUUUUCAUUUUCUGGUAGUUUUUACAAGGAAUUGUGGUUAUAAGUGAUGCAGAGUUAUUAUGCCUCUCAUGCUCAUGCUUUUUGUGAUUAUGGGUUAUUAUGUUCAAACUUCAAUAUUCGGUGCCUCCACAAGGAUUUUUGCUAGAUUAGAUUAUGGUACUUGCUUUGGCAUGACAAAUAUAUAUACAUCUCUAUCUAUUAUCUAGAAUUUUGAUGUUGGUUCCAUUAUGUCUUGGGUGUAGUUUCGUUUAGCUAUUCUAUGGCUGGAGUUGUUGAAUUCCGAAAAGUACUAAUAUAUGAGGUUGCAUGAUGUGCUUGAAUUCAUAUUUAAGUGAGUUGUAUCUUCUGGGUACAUCAAAGUAGCAGUACUAAGGAAUAAAUUAUGUUCUUAGAACUCUGUUUCUAAAGGAGCAUAAAGCAACCCCAAGGUCGUGGGAGAGAUUGCAAACAGUGGUGUUAGCCUAAUUGGGCCCUUCAGAUGGUUGUGGGAUGAAAAACACUUAAUUAGUUUAUUCCCAUUUCUCAUAUUAUCAGUGAAAGGGAUUGAGCUCUGGAAGUUACUUUAAUUAAUUCUCAUUUCUCAUAUUAUUAGAAAAACAGGUUAGGUUCCUUUUGUGCAUCAGCUUACUGAUAUGAUGGUCUCAUGAGUUUCUAGCCUUUUGGAUUCCUUAAAAGCCUAAUUCAAGUAUUUGAAUGCAUUUCUUCAGGUGCUUCACCAAACUUGCAUAAAUCGUAAUGGGGUGGGGAUAAUUUAACUUGCAAGCACGCUACUCAUGCUGCAAUUUUUGAUGCAGCAACAACAAGAAAAAGGUAGUCACUUUGUCGGUUUUCUCUAUGUGCUUUCCUUUUCAUGUUUGUUUCAAUGUUGAUCCGAUUAACAUCUGAAUUGACUGUACCAUUAUUACAUUGAUUGAUGCAACUAAAUUCAGUUGCAUUUCCUAGUCAUUUCUUUUUUUUUGUUAUUAGUGUAGUAGAACUUCUCCAUGGAAGAAUUUUGUAUGAUGUUUGUGAUUACAAAUCCUUGCCAUAUGAAUCAUCAUUUCCCCUAGUAUUGUCAAUUAAAUAUAGACGAAUUCAAUCAAUAAGGUGUUUCUUGAUUUUAGUAAAACUUAUGUUUUGCCCCUGCAUUUCUAUUCUAAGUGUUUGGUAAAGCUUAUGGUACGAUGGUGAAGUUUGCUAUCAACGGGUUUAAAUUGUUUGUUGGUAUAAUACCAAUUGAAAAGUAACCUGUUACAGAAAUGGAAGGCUUGUGUGCAGCUAGCUUCUUUAGUGAAAAAGGGUGGAGAGGUCACGGUUUACUUGGCCUCUUAAUAGAUGAAGUUUAAUUCAUUAAGAGGGUAUCUUUGUUGGUACCAGAAAAGAGAUGGAAGUAGUGAAGAGUAGGAAUGAUUUCAGAUAAUGACAGACUUCUUGUGCAUUAUAGAGAGAUAAACAUGUUAAAUCGAAUGAGAAUACAUAUGUAACCAUUUCUCCCACGAUUUGAUAAACAUUUUGCAUCUUGCAAUAGUAUCAACAUGACUUUAUGGUAGAGAGAUUUUGGUUCAUGAGAAGUAUACUUUGGGUGCACUUUGUAAAUGAGUUCUUAUUUGUUGUCGUUGUUAUUAUGUGUAAGCAUAGUCGGAGUUUGAGAUGUUUAGAGUUCUUAUUUAUUGAACUUUUUGUAGCAGGUUGCAGAUAACAUCAACAUGGCUAGAUUGGAGGAAGAUUUAGUUCAUGAAAAGUACUUGUCAUUGCAAUUUGUAACUAGAACAAGUUGUAGUACAUCUUUAGAUUCUAUGUUUAGGAUACUUGAGUGAUCUCCAAAGUAACACUCACCAGUUCCUUAUACUUUUAAGAUCUUUGUAUUUUGUAUUGAUAUUAUGAGACUAAAAUUUAUAAAAUUCAAUUGAAUUUCAUUCAUUUAUAAGAUUAUUGAUUAAUGUAUUUGAAUUGCUCUUGAUGUUAAAUUUAAUUAGGUAACUUACCAAAAAAAGUAUAAUUAGGUAAAUAUAAUAUGGCAAUUUCAUAGUGACUACUAUCCCGUGGCAAUUAGGCAAAAUCCCGCGACAAAAUAUCCCAUUAGUCACGGGUAAUCCUGUGACAAAAUUGAUAUUAUGUCAUAGUAAGUUUCCCGUGUUCAAACAUUAGUCACGAGAAAUACCAUGACAAAAUAGGUCUUAUGUCACGGUCAGCGGCGGAUCCAGAACAUAAUAGAGCACUGGGCCGCAUUUCAUUAGAAAAUUAGAUAUCGUAAAAAAACAUGAUAUCAAUUGUACACGUCGAUCUUUAAAUAUAGUGAAUAAUCAAUAAUGGAGUAUACAUCCACACCAAUAGCAUAUUACUCUCUUUCAAAUAAAAUAGUUAACCAAUCUGCGAGAAAUUAAUCUUAUCAUUUUAUUGCACAAAUCAUUUUUCACAUUUUUCAUUAUUGAAAAGGUUCUCUCCAUAGUGGUUGUUGAAACGACCAAUGUCAACAAUAGACAAAUUAGUCGACUAAUCAAUUUGUAUUGUGUGUCCAACCCUAUUUCGGUUUCAUUGUUUUUUUUUUCUUUAGACGAGAAUCAUUGGAGCUAGAAUUUCUAGGCUAAAUUUAGAAUUAUGAUUUGAAUAUGUUCAUCUGACCCAUUUUCCUAAUGAAACACAAUAUUAUUAUAAAAUAACACUGUACCGAAUGACUAAAAUCGAUAAACUCAUAAGGACUAUACUAGCUCCAGAUCCAGAGGAGGGCUGGGCCAUGGCCCGGGGUGGCCACCCCCUGGAUCCGCCACUAGUCACAGUGGUUUUCCCGUUAUUGUAUUAUUUCCUGUUACGAGAUUUCCCGUGAUAUUUGACCUUUGAUCACGGGCAUGCUUGACACGAGAAUAUACUGUGACAAAAGCUUUCCGUCAUGGGAAUCGGAUGAUCAGUCACCGGAAUCGGCUGUUCAGUCACGGGAAUUCCCGUGAUCGGAAGUGAUUUUUCUUGUAGUGACUCCACUAGUCACCCUACAACGUAUAUGGGACCGCAUGGAUGGCAUGUACGACUACAUGGGACAGAUGUCCACCCAGAUGCCUGGCACGUACGAUUACAUGGGGCAGAUGACCACCUAGGCGAGCACACUGCAGCUGACUGUAACAGAUAUGCGAGACGAGUUCCGCUCUUUCAGUUGAAGAUACAUGCAUCCCACCACAUUCUACUACCAUAAUGCGACCACCACCAAUGAGGAAAAUGAGGAUGACUGAGAGGGGGGAGAGAUGUAGGAACUCCAUGAUUUUAGAUUGUAUUCUUUUGUUGUUUUUUCUUAAAGACCAUUUGGUUUGAAACAACUAUGAUCGUCGAUUGAUGUUGAGUGGUUUUUAAUUUUAGGUAUGUGUGAACAAUUAUGAGUUGUAUUUUAUUGUAUUUCUUGUUAGUAUGUCCAGUACUUAUGUUAUGAAUUUAUGAUUUCUUGAUAUCAUGAUUGAGUAUUGAUUCUGUUGGUUUCAAACAUAAUUUGUACGAGCAAAACUAACACACACAUCAACAUACAUAAGCAAAAAAGUCGAAGGUCAUACGGUUAUUUUCCUAUACAAGGUCAACCUUUACUCUAUGUGGUGACCAGGAAACCAACAAUUUUUAUCUACGUUUCACGUCAAGGGAAUGGAUGAAUAGAUAGUACUUUAGUCUUGUAUCUGGUCGACCUCUUGCUGUAUAUGGUCGUCCAUUUCAGUACUUUACGGCCUACCAUGUUGCUUCUGACUAAAUUGAAAGGUCGACCAAAAAUUUUAUGGGGUCAUCCAUUAAGGUAUCGGCUAACUAAACACGGUCGAUCACUAUGCUAUUUAAGGUCGACCGUCAUAUUUCAGCAGAGUAACCACGAUGGUGAAUUAGGUUGGCCGCGUUCGACCAAAAAGUGCAAGUUACUCUGACUUGCAAGGCACCAUAGACGCACCCAAAAGUAUUAUAUCAAUUAUAAAAAAAAUUCAUCAUUAUAAAAAAAUGCUUCUCACAUAUGAAUUUAUAAUUAUGACGCCUACUUUGUCACUAAAACAUUAUGCCUUGUUUCGUGGACUAGUCUCAACGAUCAUCAUCAUUGAGGAAAUCACAUAAAUCUUGCAUCGGCAAGAAUAUUUUUCCGCGAUUGAUAAGGAUUUGGACAGUUUGAACUUGAACUGUAUCUCUUUUUGAGACACAUUCGUUUGUGGCGUGGCAUCACAACAUCAAAACUUUGGACAAUCUACAAAAGAAAGGUUUCCAACUUGCCAAUAGAUGCAUGAUCCGUGAGGUUGAGGCCAAAAAUCUGUUUAUUUGUCGUGAAUUUUCUUUGCUUAUUUGGAGAGAUCUAAAUUUUCAUGAGAAUUGUGCAAACAUUCAUAUGCACAUUGUUUGUUGGCUCAUUUGAGUCGAGAGAAAAUAGAAAUUUUAAAGAUAGGGUUUAAUAUAAAAAGGUAUGUAUAAGAUCUUUGUUAUGAUUGACUUCUGAUGAAGAAGUAUGAUCUAGCGAGUAGAGUGUUACGUAUCAUAAUGUUUCACAACUACCCAUAAUUUGUUCUGUGGCUGCAAUAAAUAGUGCUUUGUCGUCAUUUUGUAAGAGGAUUGGUAGGUUUUUGGGAGAGAAUAAAAGUUAAACAUAGGUUGCUAAAUUUGCUUCUUUCUUUUCAUUAUCUUCUGAAAAAAUAGAAACAUCAAGCAAACAAGAAAUCCAAAGAUGCCCAAAGUUACAAGAUAAAAUUCUCACAAUACCUCACUUUACAAAAACGUUUCCCAAAAUACUCAAGUUUGGAACAGUUCACUCCAGUGUCAAGCGAACAAAGUUGUGGUUCGCUUGACACUAGAGCGAAUCACAUUCGAAGGGGUCGGAUUGCUGCCAAAACAACCGAAAGGCCCAAAAUGAGUGUGGUUUGCGGCUGACCCCAGGGGACCACUCAAAUCGAUGGUCAGCCCCACGAUCUACUCAUAAUAUAGGUUCAGAACUUCAAAUAAUUAAUAAUUAUAAGUUUGUGCUCGAUUGUCCAAUCGUAGCGAUUUUUAUUAUUCCGCAUAAAUUUUCAAGAUCUACAACUUUUACAAGGAAUAAAUUUCCAAAAAGGAUAUUUUUUUGGAAUAACGGGGUUUUGAGAAUGAUAUAAUAUUUAAUUUCCCCAUUUCCACAUACAUUCUGAAAAUACUUCUAUAGAAAAAUUUGUAGUCCUUAAAAAGUUGAGCAUAGGGGUGGUAAACGGUUUACCGGUUAAUGGUAUAAUCGGUAACCAUACCGAUUACCGCUGAUUACCUGUAUACCGUUAACUGGUUAUAGUAGUUUCGGACGGUAAUCAGGGGGCCUAUUGCAUGUUCCGGUGUAUCGGUAACCGCCAUGUUAAUCGGAUACCGAAAACUAACCGCGCACUACUACCACCUGCCCCAUUUUCAACCCCCCCCCCCCCCCCCCCCCCCCCCCCCCCCCCCCCCCCCCCCCCCCCCCCCCGAUUCUCUUCAUUUUUCUUCUUCCUUGACUACCACCCUCUCUGCCUGCCCCAUUUUUAACCCUCCCCUCCUCUACUUCUUUUCAUUCUUCUCCUUCCUCGACUCUCACCGUUACACCAUUCUUCUCACCCUCCCCCUUCCCUUUAUCGCUAACCAAUUCCUCUACUUUCACCUCCGUACGUUCUUGCAAACCCUCCAACCCAUGUAACCCUUCUUCUCCAACAUUCCAUGUGUCCUGUCGCAGAUAUGAAGCAGUGGUUAUGGAUUUAGAUCUCAAAGCGGAGGAGAGAAGGGGGAAGGCGAGAAGAAGCCUGCACUGCUCCAAUGGUUACGACCGGCGAGGGAGAGAAGAAGGACAAUAGAUGGGAAGGUUGUCUUCGUCUACAAGAUGACAUGCAUUGUCUUUCUCCAGUCCUCAUCUACUCUACGACGCCAUCGCUACAUCUCCCUUCACCCAUCACCGCAUUCGUCUUCAGAGGCCUCUCCGAGCAUCAUCUUCCUAUGAUCAUCUCAGUCGUCGUCAACAUUGGCUUCCUGGGCACCAUCAUUAUCCCAAUUGCCGACAUGAGCCAUCGAGUCGACAGCAGUCGAGCCACCAUCGAGAUCUGAUUGGCCAUCGUCAUCUUCACCUAAUCUCUGUCACCGCCGCCGCCAACAAGAAGGGAAAGAUUGAAUGGAGAAGUGAGGUUCGCUUUAGCUGGAGACAUUGAGUUUUGAGAGAAGGAGAAGAAUACGAAUCGUUUGAUGGCAAGAUGUGGGUUCUAUUUGGGAAGAAGCGGCGAUGUAGACUAACGGUGAGAUUUAAUAAUGAUUAGCCGGCUAA